AUGUCAAUCACUCUCAUUGAUGAGCUGACAGACAACAGCAUCAAAAAGCUUGCGCGUUAUCUCUACUUGCCGACAACUUACAGCGUCGCCAAUCCACCGGAUGAAUGGUUCAGAGAGCAAGAGGCAAAGCUCAACAUGAUGAAGCGCGGACUCAUGAAUGUCACCGCUAGGCAGUCUCUUCCCUUCGUCCCAGACGCAGCGAUGCUCUGCCACACACACAAGGCCCUGAACCCUUGGCGCAUGCGCUGCCUCUUCGCUCUGCUUGCUUCCGAAGUUACAGACAAAUUUGAGCGGAUGCGUCGGUUGGUCCGAAACAAGUCUGAUCUCGCCCAAGAACCUGACUACCAGGAGUAUGUCCGUCGCGUCACCGGCAUUCAAGGUCUGUGGAUGGACCGCGCCACGUUCGAGCAGUUGUACGGUUACCCGCCUGUCAAGACGGAAAGGGUGCGAUCGCAGUGCGAGGCGUGCAUGUGUGCGGUCGUCGGCGGCGAUACGCGUUUGCUGGUUGACCUCCGCGCGCAUCUGCUCUCUCGUGCUGGUUCGUACCAGCCGGUUUUCCUUCGUGUGGUCAAUGCCUGGAUUGAUGCCUUUGAGCAGGGUGCCAGUGGCCUUCACGCUGAGAGCGCGGUACUCGGAGAGAAGCUGCGCGCAAUCCGUCGCGAGAUUGGUGUCCGGCGAUAUGAACGUCGAGAGCGUGCUCGACGAGCUGGGAAGAGUAUUCCAUACUCCAAGGCAAAGCGUGAUGAUAAUUCGAUUGCGAGUUUUCCCCCAAAGACCGAAUGGGGCUCAUCUGGACGGCCCUCAACGGCGUCAGAACCGGCCAGGGGCUAUGAUGGCCGACACGGACAGCACAUCCCGGAGACGUCACACCCGCGGCCCGACCAUUCCUCACGCGUGUCCGACAACACUCAGAGUCCCCGCCAGAACCCAUUUGAAGACGAGUUUGAAGAAGAUGAAGUGAACGAGGGUGACGAGACUAACGCAGGAAACGCGUUUUGGCAAGACGAGAUGAAUAGCUACUAUGAGCGCCAGGCUGCGCAAAACGGUGGACGAUCUUUCGAUAGAGCAUCAAUGCACCCCGGGCUCUUCGGACGCGAGUCUCGCGAGGCUCUUCAGCACGCUCCUGAGCCGUCGCAGUCGAGAAAAGAGACUCCCCUUUCUCAACAGACCUCUGCCUCAGCCACGCCGAGAUACACUCCACACAACUCUAAGCAUUCAGACCGCGCACCACCCCCGACGUCCAGCCCAAGACAGCAAUCCGAUGCCGCUCGACACUCUUGCCCCAGAGAAGCUUCAGAGGGAAAGUCUGUACGCAACUCCGAUCAGUCUGCUCGUCCGCCACCUACACCAUUCCAAGAUACACGCGUUCCGAGAAUCCCCACCACCUACCACUCCGCCGACUACCGAUCAGGCGAUACCCGUAGACCAACCACCCCAUCUGUCGGCACCUCCGAGCACCAAAAGCAAACCAGACUGAGCGCCACUCGCAUGGAGACCCUGGGGCAGAAUGCCGUUUCCCAGCAGGCGCCGUCCCUCUGUCGUCGGCCUUCGACAACGUCAGCGUACUCAGUCCCGGCCUCGAUGGUCCAACGAGAAUCCCAGGCUCGUGCGGAACUUCAGGAGAUUGCGAACACCCUCGGAAGAGAUAACAAGCGGGCUCAUGACAGCAGCAGCUCGGCAAGUCCAGCAAACCAAAGAUCUGCCCGCAGUACUAACCAUUCCAGCACCCGCGCAAGCGAAGCACAGCAGAAGCACCAGUCUACCGGCCUCCGGCGCCCGUUUCGACUGCUCGCAAGCCUCAGGAAGCGGUGA